GACCUGCCGGUCAGUCCUCUACCAACACAUGCGUACUAGCUUGUGGUAUGCAACACGUUUUAUCAAUUAUCGGUCGCAAAGCACACCUAAAUUUGCCCAAUCUCUGCAAUGACUCCAACGUUGAUUACUGAAACAAAACCUGAGGAUUGGACAUAUAUCUCCGAGGGAGGGGCGACUAUCGUAUUCUCGUAUCGAGGACCUCACAAUGUCCAAUUCUCUGAUCGCGUUCUACGUCUGCGUAAAGUCGCUCAAGGGUCAUCAGACAACACGCUGCUCAAUACCAACAGUGAACAGCCAGAUGAUCCCAUGAUCGCCUUUCAAGAGAACAUCAUCUCAAAACUCAUUCCUUCUGAGUUUCUGCCGAGUCUUGUGAUGGUGGUGCUCGACGAAGAUUGGCUCAGGUCACUUGUUAUCCUACGCGACGGCGAUCGUCCAGCAGAGAGAAGGCAGACGGAUCAGAUUGAUGUUCGCAGGACCAAGGGUGUAUUAGCUACGGAUCUCAUUGGGAGUAUGCCCAUCGCGAUGGAAAUCAAGCCGAAAUGGGGAUUUUUACCUACAGAAUACCAUCUCUCGCCUGAGACUGUCGCUCUGAAGACAGGAACGUGCAGAUUCUGUAUGCAUACGAGCUUCAGAAUGGAACAAGGGGCUGUCGGUACGACCUAUUGCCCCUUGGACCUUUUCUCUUCCGAUGAGACGCGUGUUAGAAAAGCCUUAGGUGCUUUGUGGGCUGGGUGGUAUGAGAGCAAUGGGUCUCUCAAUAACCUACGGUUCUUCGUCCAGGGCAGAAUGACAAAACCAGAUGAUGACCACUCGGUACAAUUGUUGGCACACUUCUUCACGGCGGACGGAUCGACUGACGUCCAGAACCUUCGGCAAUCGUUCACAUCCGUUCUUGCGCAGGCACUUCUUGACAGUCCCGUUCUUUCCCUCCUAUCAACUUUACAACGAACACUGGAUGUACUCGAUGUAGAGGGCUUAUCUAAGUUAUACACACAAACAUUACCAGAUCUCCCAUAUAACGGUCUCGGGUCUUUGGUUCCCGAUCCUUCCAUGGAGGAAUGGAAGGACUUCGUCAAAAUCUACCACUCUGAUUAUCAUUCCUGGAAUCACACAGUUCCAAGUCCUCGACACCUCCGGCAUUAUCUCAUGGCAUACCUUCUUUCAGCGACGUUUAAGGAUUGCUCCAUUAUCAUCUGGCCCAAAUCUACGCAGGUAGGCUCGUUUGAUGUCACAAUCAUCGACAUGGAUAUCAAGAGCAUGGAUCGCUUGGGGAAAUGGGAAAGGUUAGACAGGAAAAUCGUGGAGCAUUACAAGAGUUCGGGCAGCCAGCGGCGUUGCAUCGACAGUCAACGCGUUACUCAAUUAGGAUGUACACCUAUGUGUUACUGCUCUCUCGCAUCGAAUGUUGCUUACAGAUAUAUUUGAAGGACUGUAACCGAAGUGGCGUUAUCAGACUGAUUUCUGAGUACCUCUGGAGUAUCUCUGGGAUGAGUGAUUUGUGUUUGGCAUUUUUCUUUUCGUGACUGUAACUGAUAUUCAUAGACCAUACUGGCCGUGAUGUAUAUCGACUCGAGUCCAGCUCGUACAUGUCGAUCAAUGGCUAUCAGGCUCAGACUCGACCAACAAUCUGCUAGUUUUUCCAGUACCACUAAAGGUAAAUGUUAUGCUGUAGAGACUGUUGACAAGUCUUCUGCAGAGCUUGUUGGAGUCGUCGGAGAGCCGUUGGACCGGGGGUCCCAAGGGCAAGAGUCACGCACCAGGCCUCAGUCGGCCCUUUCCC